GAACCACACCAUGAAGCGACAGCGAGCGUGCUUCCUGAACGUGGUGAGAUUUCUUGUUUUUUUUGCAUAGAAAGCUUAGCUGCGUACUUGGCAAGCAAGCAAGAUGUGUGUUCAGCAACUUGCGCGAGAGACAAAAUGACACCCGACAUGAGCAGGAGAGAGGGAAAGAGAGAUAGCAAAGGAAGUGUGACAGCACAGAGACUGUGUGAACUUUAGUCGAGAUGUUGAGGUCGUGUGCAACUCGAAUUUAUGUCGACUCCCAAAUUCAGCUGGCCGGUUUUUGACUCAAAUUGAUGAAAGCGGGGGAUCAAAGCAGGAUGUUUACGCCUGUAGAAGCUGUAUAAUCUUGUUAUUAGAAAGAAAGGCAGGAUGUUGGUAUUCUUGGGUGUACAGCAUAGGUCGUUGGUAUUUCGAGUUCUUUUGGCGAGUUAUCAUAUUCGUGUUACCUCAGUAUCAUGAGUAUCUAUCGUUGGUUCUGAAAGCACUUACUCAGAGAGAUGAGAAGGCAGCAGAAUCAAAUUCAACUUUUGAGUAGCUUGUGGUUGUUUAGUCUUAUGUUCCUCUUGAAGAAAUGGUCAAUGUGAAAAAUAUGCGGCGGAUCGACCGCAUGCUCAUUCCUCCGUUUGGGAGGGAGGACUAGUCAAUCUCUCGUCCUGUACUGUAAUGGGCGGGACUAGCUAUUACGAAUAACUCGUCCAACAAGGAAGGAGAGGACGGGAAUAUCUCGUCGCCUGAGGACCGCCUUGGCCGCAAGGAAGGAGUGGACGGGAAUAUCUCGUCGCCUAACAAGGACCGCCUUAGCCGGGGCCCUUGUUCGAGGGCUCCUUUGUUUGUUGACGGAGGUAGUUGCGCACGACGUUUGGCGGCACGCGAAGAGAGGCAGUCACCACGCGGAGGACAGCAAGGACAAGACCGUCAGAAGGCUCAGGACGAUAAACUACACGUGCAAGAAAUAGGUAUACGAGCAGUCACGUGGAGGUUUUUUUAGGGUGUAGUUGACACUCAAGGAGAGCAGUAGGUACAAACCGCCAGAUACACAACGAGAAGACUUCUUCUUCAGUGGGACCAACGGCAAAAAACUUCUUUCUCAGUGCAACGACACCUAAAAGUGCAACGGGAAGCAGUCUAAAAGCAGGAAGCAGUCUAAAAGCGUCCUCCAGUACCAUUGAGCAGUGAGGACCACGACGAGGACCAGGUGGACGACCUCCAUGAGAGGGAACAGCACUUGUUGUAUUCAAUUACUAGAAGCAACAGUUGUUGUAUUCUACAACUAGAAGAAACAUCGCGACCGGGUACAACUUCUUCUCGUUCAUUAUCUACAGAAGGAGACCACAGAGAAGAAGACAACACUGCUGCUUCUAGUUCUACAGAAGUAGGCACUCUAGUCGUGGACAGCAGUUCCCUUACUACAGUGGGGACAUCACUUCCAAGCAUUCAUCUACAGUGGAGACGACGGGAGUCCUCCUCGGAGCAUCAAAUAAGCAACAGGAGUGACCUAGGCACUCUUCUUCUAGUUCUACAAACACUCUUCUUCUAGUUCUACAGACACCUCCAGUGCAACUACCUCUUGGUCUUGUGAGGCACAUCAAUCACGGGAUCAACCAAUCACUCAGUCGAUCAAUCCAAGCAUCAAAGGAUGGCAGAAGCAGGUGGAGAGGGUAAGGCGGGCGAACGCCGUCUGAGUAACGGCACCAUGGAGCACCUCAAGGCGAUCGAGUCGCUGCAAAAGGCGACUUUGUCAGAAGCCAAGGCUCCAGCAAAGAAAAAGCCAAAGGAUAAAAACAAGGUAAAAACUCACUGUUUUGUUGUAAUUACAGGAUUAGCCUUUCUAAUUCUAUUGUAGUAAACCCUAGAUGAAGACUUUCCUGCAUGAUUAUGAUUGUAAUUAGGAUUAGCCUUGUGUUGCUGAGCAGCAAUUCUUUGCGUAUCAAAUCUUGUAUUUUUUCGUCAUCGUCUGACUGAAAAGCGUAGGUCUUCUAGGAAGUCCAAGAACUAGACAUCUUUGCAAAUCAUCUUCCCCUCUGAAAUCUCUACAGGCUCCUCACGUUCCAAAGAUGGACAUCGACAAGAGGCACAAGAUCAUCUUGUUUGGAAGGAUAUACAAAGGAGUAGACGCAGACGAGGAGAGGCUUUAUUCUUUUACGCAUCAAAGAGCAGACGGCGUGAUAACAGAGGGUUACAUACCAGUAGGCUUCUUGUCGAUGCUCCCAGUGGAGGAUGAACAUCUGUACUGAUCUUGUACCUGUGGACGUUGUACCUUGGUAAGAACUAUGUUUGGCUGACGAUGGAGGUAAGCAAGGAUUUAGAUUUGAACUUUUGUUCAACGUGAUCAUACUUUAAACAAGGUCCUCGGACGCUCAACACGAUGGCCGUGCAACGACCUGACGCCAAAGUCAUUUCAUGAAUUCGCUCCAUCUUCGUUCACAAAUUUAUUGAAUAAAGGUUUUUCGCCGUCCGAAAGACUCCGAUGGGUCCCGAGUUUCAAGUGGCGCAUAAGACUGAGAAAAAUGUAGUAUGCGACUGGGAUCUGAACCCAGACGCGAUGUGGGGCAAUGUGGUGACCAAUUUCGACCGAAGGGACCUCUUUAGCGAGAAAACCAUGAACUAUCUCGAUGCGGAUCCCUUUGUUAAGAAUACCAAGUUGCUACAACUGUAAGUACAUUGCAAGAAUUGCAUCAACUUAGUAAUCUUUUCUUGAGGAGGUAUCCACAGUAUUUUGGAUGUAGCAGAGGUAAUACAAUGCUGUCACCUGUAAGUCUGUAGUACUACUACGACCACCUCCUAGUAACAACCAGAAGGAGGUGGGAGGAUGUUGGAUAACAAGGUGAGUUCUUGCUUUCCAAAACACUUCCAAGACCAACAGGAAGUAGAAGAUCCUAGUCUGAUUCUAAUUCUCUCUGAGAAGAAGGGCUCUAAUUCUCUCUUGUUUGGCGUGGACGACCUGAUCACACAGAAAGCCUUGCGAAAACUGGACAAGUUUCCGGUGCUACUGUCAAGAGGGGUCAAGCCAGAUAGCGACGAAUGGUAUUGUUCUUGAUGGUUAGCACUCUACGUCAUGGUAUUGUUCUUCAUCUACGUCAUGCUUCUCUUCCAUUGCUUGUUUUUGAGGACGACCUAGAUGAAGUGAAGGAUCGUAUUGGUAAUCGAUCAUGUUGAUUGUAAGAUUUUUUAGUUAAUGUUACUGUAAAAAUGUAAAUGUUGUGUACAAUCUAUGCGUACUGUAGUCGUUUCUUUUUUCUUUACAGUUAGUGCAAGCACCUCCUGCAGCUAACUCAAUCCUAAUACAUUCUUACUCCUCCGAAAUACUGAUCUUAGAAAGUCCUAGGUUCAUCUUAUUAUUGCACCUUCGUCCUGACAUGGAUACAUACUUAAUCAAAAAGGUUUGCCUACCUCGAGUUGGAUCCUCUAGCGGAUGAGCCACUGGGCUGGAUCGUGCAGAGCUUGGCAGAAAUGGAACUGCCCGCUCCAUGGACUUCCUACAAGGGUGUAGGAUCUAUUGUUAAGGCUCUCACUAAUUCAUCGUUGAGUCAAAGAAGGAGAAUUAAGUCUAAAGCCGCCCAGGCGUCAAAAGAUACCUCCAGAACAGGUAAAUGAAUGAUCUUCCUCCGAGCCGGUAUGUAGUCGUCGAAGACUUUGGCGACUACAUGGAAGAUCUUCUUUGAGAACAACCAUAUGCGUAAGAAGUAGAAGUCCCUGAGCAAGUAUGUCCCUGUCUCAGGGAGAAAUACUCUUCAAGGCAGCUUGACGCAGUUCAAGGCUUGACGCAGUUGAAAGAUGAAUUGCGGAGAAGUCUAAGAUUCUCUGUUUCUUGAAUCACCAGACAGGGAGAUCAACAUGGAAACACCCAUUUUACGACUAUUUUGCGCAAUUGAAGCACUUCGCAACAACAGCAUCGCCUGAACAUGUGAAGCAGGUACUUGUUAUAGAUCUUAAAAAGUGUGUGUGUUGGUGCUGACGUGAGUUUCUAGCUAGCGCACGAGCUGAAAAUCAUUUGUUGUUCUUUGCUGUAGGUGUUGAACUCACAUACAAUCUUCCUGCUCGUCGUCACCAUCAGGUCUUGAAUUACCCUAGAUUUAAGACAGAAUCAUCUUCAUUUUCUUUCAUGAAACAUAACCUUCUCCUUCUCUCAUCCCGAUCCUAGUGCCGCUUAAACCGAUUGAUAUGGAGUUACGAGACGCAAGGACCGACCGGCAGUCUCCAGGAGCCACUGGUCAGUCCAGAGUACAUCGAAAAUUUAGCGGAGAUUAUGGGAUACGACCUAGCAGCAGAGCCAUAUAUCGUCAGGGACUUGAAAACGUAAUUUGAAUUGUAGUUUUUUUUUGACCAUGAACCAAGAGCAAGACUAAGAUCGUCAUCUUCAUGAGCGAGGUACCCCUUAAAAAAAUUAUGAAUUUGAAUUUGAAGCGAGCAGCCGAAGUCGGGUGUCGAUGUUUUUUUGGUGUAAAAAGUGUGUGACGAUUCCAAUGUUGAACGCUUCAGUGUCACUCCAAUGCAACAGUUCAUCUUAUGCUACUUCGUUCACGUCAUAGUCAUGCCUAAAGAACUUUUUAGUUUUUCACUGUUUUCUCUCUCUCAGAUACAUCAAAAUUUUCGGUCAUUCGUAUCGAACCAACGAAGAAGUUGCGAUAGAAGACGUCUUUGCCUUGGAAGAAGCUGUUAGAUUGAAUAGGUCUAGGACCGACUUAAUCCAGGACACGUGGAAGGGACUUAGGGAUUUGCCAACGAAGGAAACCUAUAAAACCGCGAAGAGGCUGUACGACGAGGAGAAUGAAAUUAUCAGGAAAUUGGCGAGUGGUACUUUCUUCUUCACUUGUGGAGUAUGGACAUGCUGGAAUAUCAAUUUUGUACACUCUUUGGCUAAAUGAAGGCGUUACUUGUUGACGAUUUCAACUGCAAUUCCUGGUCCAAACAAAGAUUCAUUUGGGCAAUCUCAACAAACAAGCUGUAUUCCUCUCCAUCACCAUCUCCAUCUCCUGUUACAACCUCCUCAUCUCACCAGGUGAAGUCAUGUGCGUCGAGUGCGACAGUGUAGCUCUGUCCUAUUGUACAAUGUUCGAGGACUAUAUGUGCUUGGCUUGCUUCGCGAGAUUGCACCAAAAGGGCCACCGAAAAGACGCAAAAGCCUAUAAAUUAGAGGUCUGCACGAUGUGCAAAUCGAAAGCAGCGAAAUUGCAGUGUGGGUAUACCUUAUGGUCAAUACAGCUCACGACUUGAAUAUGAACACGUAAUUGUGAAAUUAUUGCAGUGUGGAAGAUAUACCCUAACAAAGGCUGCUCUAGUUCUCACACGAAUAUGCAUACUCAUUUAGUUCAACUGAACCUGAAGAAUAUGAUAACUUCAACAUUUUCAUGUCUGUGUCAUCGUACUGCAACAACAAGCUACUUCCGGUAGCACUCCGGCCUCUAAUUUUCGGGCGGCUUUUUUGCCUGGAGUGUUUUGCAAUGAAGCACAUCAAGGCACUUCCCCCUCAUGUUAUGGUCAAUGUUUACACUCAUUUCUAUUAUCCGACCGCAACUGCAACGUGGCGGUCCUGUUUCUCCAUAGAAUACGAGGGUACUACGGAUACCGAGAUGGGGAGAGCUACGAGAUGAGUUUAAGCGCUGCUCUCUAAUUAUGCCAAGGAGAUUGCACCAACGAAGAUACACUACCAGAAGAUGGCUCCGCCUAAGGCACCUACGGAAGAGGAGCAGGAUGAAGGAUCGAGUGAUGAAGAAUCAGAAGUGGAUAGCGAACUGGGUGUCCUUGGAGCACAAUGGGCGCCUUUCUUCGAUGCGAAAGGUAACUACACUUCGACUUUUUCUUACAUUUUCAGGAUCCUCAUCGUGGAAAAGAAGUGCUGUUGCUAGUUUUACUAGUUGUAGAAGAUUAUACACUGAGUCAUGUUACUGCUCCUGUUCGAUGCAAAUGGGGCUAUCACAAACGAUAGCAAUAGGGGCGAAAGGAUGCAUACAGGACAUAGUACUCAGUUCCAGAUGCUAGUUUGUCAAGAAGUAUUGGACGAGAUAUUCACGAUCAGAUUCAGAAUCUGCUUCUUUUGAGUCUAAGGAGUCUUCGAGACGUUGAACCUUUGAAUCUUUGAAUCUUUGAGACGUUGAAAGGUUGGAAGUUUGAAUCUUUGUGACGUUGAAAGGUUCAAAGUUUGAAUCUUUGAGACGUUGAAAGGUUGGAAGUUUGAAUCUUUGUGACGUUGAAAGGUUCAAAGUUUGAAUCUUUGAAUCUUCGAGAAGUUGAAAGGUUGGAAGUUAGAAUCUUUGAGACGUUGAAAGGUUGGAAAUUUGAAACUUUGGAACCAUGAAAUCUUAAGAUUCUGAAAGACUCAUGAAUUUCACAAUUUGAAAUUUCAAAAUCCUUCUUAUAUCCAAGAAAUUUCAGUUAUAUCGCAAAAAAAUGAAAUUCAUUUCCUGACGAACGCUUUGACAGAGACUACGAAUCUGACCAAAAUCAUGGAUAUGGACAAGUUUCUUGAAAACCAGUACAGUACCCUGCGCUGCACUGGAUUUCAUGUUAAGACACUUCUGGAAAGCAAACAAGUUGGUCGUGGUAGCUUUAGGUUCUAUCAAUCUAAGAUUUUUAGAGUUGGACUUCAUCUGUCAGUAAUACUGCAUGAGAAUCAAAGUGAUACCAACAAGCAUAAGGUGCUGCUAUUUGACGCCAAGCAAGCAUACUCGCAUCAAGCACAAGCUGCAUUUUCUUCGUUGGAUGCUCGUGGUGGAUGUUGCGAUUGAUUACUAACUACAUCUACGCCAAUUUCAACGAUUUUGAUGCAAAUUCGAAUCAGAUUCUCGUGCUCUUUCCGGUUCACAAACAACAGCACAACAUCAUCCUCAUUUCUCAAUCGGCACUAGUUAUCAUCAACCCUCUUCUAUGUAUCUGCACGAGUUUUCUUCAUCAACAAUCACGAUGAUCGUCGUGAUUGCGUUACUACGUAAACUUCUUGUCAUAUGAUUGCAUCAAGAUUAACCUUUUUAACACUAAUAUAACUAUUCUAUCUUACAAAUGCACCAGGCUAUCUUACUCUAUCUUAUCUUCCUCUAACCUAUCCACAUCCACGGCCUACAGUUUUAUGCAACCUUCCUAUCCCCAACGGAUCCCCUUCCAGGUAUUCAAUUUUACUACAACUUCGCAACUGGUGAACGCAUGCGACGGAGCCCUAGGGCUAGCAGUGGGGACAGUGAGGCCUCAACCCCGCAGUCGAAGAGGAAGGAAGCCAGACACGGCUUGCAGAUGGAUGAUGCUCUAAGUGACAGCAUAGCUGAAGAUGGUACCUACUUAGUUAUAUUUUAGUGCAUGAAGAUCAUUGUUCCUACGGUUCUCAAUGGAAUGGCAUGAAGAUGAUCAACAUCAUCGUUGUAACAGUCUUUUAUCAGGCAGGGGAAGCUACAUGUUGUAGUUCUGACUGUGAAUUUUUGUUCUCCCGGAUCCCGCGACCUACCAUACACAGGUCUGCUAGAUGCCCUCGAAGAAGAUGAAGGUGUCUUAGGCCAGAGCCAGAAGAAGAAGAAUCGGCUAGUCAAAGAGCCUCCGACGUUGCAUCCUCGACCCAUAAAGCCGCCGUAUAGGACGAACCCUCUGAGUGAGGGCCAUCGUGUCAGUCCGAAAAUUAAGGCAGGACUCAAACUACAAUUUUCAGGAAGCUAGCAAAGUUUCUAUCAGUCUCGAUAGAGUUUUUGAUAAAUUCAAUAUCAAACAGUGUACGAACGAUUGAACGUACUGAAGCAAGUGGUGAAAAUCCAGGUAGGUGUAGAUGAGGCAACAUCGCUCGUUUUUUCUUACUCUUGUGCAAUAACAGGUGGAUGAAAACGGGUCUUUAUAGGUGAGAUCUAAGACAAGAGGUGGCGGGAAGAGCGUGUAUCUGAGCGACUCACCUGCGACGGAGAGUGCUCGAGGACGCGGAAAGGCACUGUCAAAUACUGAGCCGAUGUCGGACUGAGAUGUGGGGACUCGCUCAUUCUUGCUUCUGUAGAUGAAUAGCGUGAAGAAUCUUGAUAGUACACCAGCAAAAGAAUAAGAUGAAUUACUCCAAAAUACAACUUACUACCUUGUUUUAGCCAUCAAGAAAACGUGAUUUAUUGUUGCACCCGAGAAUAUAGCCUAUUUUCAUAUGCUGAUGCUUGUUGAGCUGAUUUACUUAAGUUAACAAUUACAAUGCCCAAAAAAUUAAUGGUUUGUAAAAAAGAAUGAAUGGAGCAUUAUCAACAUGAAGAUCCUAGCCCUGUCCACAUCCACAAGUUAUGAUCUACAACUAUUUUUAGCGCCGGGUGGUUUUGUUUUUGAGUGGGAUAAUGCACCUGUUGAACAAUAUGUCAAGGAAGACAGAGGAGGAUGUCGUUUUGUCUUGGUCUUCCACCGACUUCGGUCAAGAAACCUUUAAACUUGAGUCGUCAUGAAUGAACAAUAUGCUGAGUCACAGGAAUAGCCCAGCUAAUAUCAUAGCUGAUUUAGUUCGUGGAUAAUGAAUGAACUUUGAUUUCUGUAAUGCUGGAUAGGUGAUAAUCGUUGCAUGAGGAAUUUCGAAAUCAUUGUUGUCUGUCUUAAAUGAACAAUUCAUACUGCUCUUUCAGCAAAGAACUAAGUAGCAUGAUGGCGUCUUCAAAGAUCAAGCGACGAUUGGUUGCAAAAAUUGGUGCAGCAGGUCGAGCAUGUACCAUACGAUGAGUUAUUUAUAGUUUGUUAUCCACGUCCACCUCGUCCUCUGGUUUAGAAUAUUGUACAGAAGAAGAGUUUGUCGUCCCCCCGGACGAGGAGAUGGUCAGGCAACAUGAAGAGAUAGCUGGUACGAGAUGGCCCUACAUCUCUUCAAUCUCAUGUUGUCUCCUGUACGACUUUAAUGGAGUCAAAAAUUCUUGUAUAUUACCUUUGUGGAUGAUGUCAUGACGAUUUACUACUAUCAUGAACUAAAAAAAAGGACUAAAAGCGAGAUUCUACCAUCUGGUUGUUGUAGUUGCACUUCUGCACAGAAGUGGAUAUAGAGGCUUCAAGAUGAAAUCUUCAUCUAUCUUUUGAUAUGGGCUAUUAUUGGGUAAAAAUGAGAACAAGGAAAAAUGCCAUGUUUAUAAUGCAUGAAUCAAGAUGACAACUACAACAUGAUCCUGUUGUUAGAAGAAAGUUGUCUUGUCGAACAGAGUUGAAAAACAAACAGGACAGCCGCGACGUGGAG